CUCACUUCCACCAUGUGAUCGAGCUGCUGAGGUUCAGACAGGGGACGCUGUCCGGGAUCUUCCUCUCUGCAGUGUUCCAGUUCUCCUACACAGCCGUGUUCGGGGCCUACACCGCCUUCAUCUUCAUCAGAACAGGUCACCUGAUUGGCCCGGUGCUCUGCCACUCCUUCUGUAACUACAUGGGUUUCCCCGCCAUCAGUACGGCGAUGGAGCACCCUCACCGCCUCACCGUCCUCUCCUCCUACCUGAUGGGGGUGAUCCUCUUCUUCCUCUUCCUCUUCCCCUUCACUGACCCCGCCUACUACGGCCUGCCCACCCCCGUGUGCACCCUCACCUCCUCCCCCAGCUCCCUCUGCCUCUCCUGAUUCCUGCCCCCCCCCCCAGUUUACAGUUAAGGUGAGGGUUGAGCUGCCAUGGAGAGUCGGGAAAUAUGUGGUCUAUGGCCUCCUGAUACGUCGGUGCAUAUUCAUUAAAUAUGAGUCAGCUGAAGCUCUUCUGAGAAGGGGGGGUUCAUGUUGCUGGGACCCUGGCACUGUGUGUUACUGUAGUCUCUGUCCCUGAUCUUAAUGUAGCGCUAACACUGAAGGACACUUCCCCCUCAGAUCCUCUCGUACUGAUGGAUCUCCUCUGUUUGUGACGAUCAUAAUAUUCAAUUUUAAAUAUGAAUCUUCCCCUCGUAGUCCGUUUGCCAGCUCGUAGGAUCCGAGUGAAACCAGAAAUGAUGAGUACCCCAAACUUCUAUGUUAAAAUGUAUAGUAGGGGUCUCCAGCACAUAGAAACUGCAGGAUGAUAACUUGCAUAUGUUGGGCAAUUUGCACAAAAUGCCAAUAUGUGUACUCUGUGGACUGAUUUUGAUAUAUUUUGGGACAAUUUCUGGUUGAAACUGCCAUUUUUGAUCCUGAAAAUGAUCCAAGCCAUUGUUCACUAUUGUCCACAUAGGCUAUAAUGCUAAUGAAUGCAAAUGAAUGCAACUUUUGCUAAUUGUGCAAAUGUCCCAACAUAUGCAGGUUAGCAUCCGUCAGCUUGUGGUGGAGGCCCAUACUAUUCACACUGCUGACAACUAGCUUAUCAGCCUGAGCCCGUCUUUUGAAAGGAUCAUUCUUGUUUAUUACAACGUGGUCUUAUUUUCACAAUCCAUUUCCAUCACUUAUAAAUUGACCAAGUUAAUGCAGAGAUUUAGAAACAAAGGUAAAUAACAGCGAAGGGCAGGUGUAUAGAACAUUCCUAGGGAACAGUAAAACAUGUAAAGGCGAAAGUUGAGGUAUAUUCAUAUCCAUAUUUACUUGUUUGAGCUGAGGCUUGCUAGUUCUCACUUUUUAAAAUCUCAGUUGGGGCAGUGAUGAACCUUGAUCCGUGUCUCAACUAAUGCCGUGUUGGGUCCUUGAAUUUGAGGGAAUUAGGAUGGGAACCGUAAAAUGAUCACCCAUAAUCAAUCCACUUCCUGGUUAACCUGUGAGCUACUGGACUUCUGCUAGAUUUCUGUAUACACGAGGGCUUCAGCUGCUGAGUCUUUGAACAAUUCAGUAUGCUAUUGAAGGGUUCCUGCCACCCUGUUAUUCAGCAUGGAUCUAAGCUGCUGGAAAAAAGCAUUAUAUUGAUCCAGAUAUUCUUCUGGUUUGUUCCUGAGCCAUCAGAUCAUCUGACUGUUCGUGGUUCAAAUAGAUACAUGAUGGCAAAAACGAUGAAAGUAAGACCUUGGUUGUAGAGUCCUGCUGCCCGUUGAGUUUUGAAAAGGUUUAGGGUUUUUAGACGGGUUUGGAUAAUUUGGGUGCCUAAGGUUUAGGUUUUAAAUUGGGCAGUAGUAGUUGGGUUUAGUUGAAUCUGAAAGAUUGGGCUUGUUUAGCCCGUACAGAACUCUUAUCAAGGUUUGAUAAACCUGAAUUAUCCUUACAUUCUUUGAACAUCUCUUGAGCGAGACUUGAAUAUAUCAUUUUUUUCCAGAGUCACAGCCCUUACAAAAUCGUUGUUGCUGCACUGCAUUGUGGUUCAAAGAGGCUCAUAGACAUGUUGGAUCCUCUCCUGGUUGGAUUCCUCUCUGAAUGAUUGUCAAACAGCCUGCUGUAGCUGCACUGGAGUUCAGGAAUGUAGGAGAUCACCGUUAGCUGUUUUAAUUGUACACACUCGUUCUUAACCGUGUCAUUUCUUACCUGUCCAGACAAAUCAGACAGCGGCUCUCUGCUGCCGUAGAGAGGCUGGAUGGGUCAGUGUUGGCUAUAAAUGUUAUUUAUAUGCAUGUUUCAGUGCUGGUAGUUGUUGUUCUGUUGGUGAUGGGUUCACUGUCCAUAUUGACUGAAACAUACUCUGUGUGAGCCACAAACACAAGACUGGUUUUGAAUACCAGGAAGUUGUACUUAUGUCCUCUGGAAGGUGAGACAUUCCACAAGUAGAGUUUGCUUUUGCCUUGUUGAGUUCAACUCUUUAAUGCAGUUUUCUUUGGCUCCUGAAACCUGUCAAUCAAACUCUGGGGCAGAUUUAGCCCCCAGAAGGACUUCCCUUUUCCAUAUGAAUCAUAAAGCAGUUAAACUCCCCGUACUGUAGCAGAUUGUUAACGCUGUUAGAAAGUAGUUUCUGUCUGGACAUGUUUGAAAACACUUUAGAAAGUUGUGUUCUAACACAUCAAAAUAACAGUUUAAACGAUGAUGUUCUGAUGCAACUGUGCUUUAAAUGCUAGUUCUUAGAUCUGUGUGGCCAGAACGUUUUGAAAAUGUAAAAUGUGUUACCCAGCAGACUGCCGACACUAAAAAGCAAACUAGCUGCUUUUUGGUGUACAGUACACAAACUUUAUUCCCAUCCUUGGUCGCACAAACCAACACAAAUUCAACUUUCUCUUCAGUCAAAUCCAAAAAAACAGAGAGUGUGUGUGUGUGUGUGUGUGUGUGUGUGUGUGUGUGUGUGU